UAGCUUUUGCUUUACAACAAAAAUGGGUGGGCAACAAAAGGCUAUGAACCCCCUGAAUUCUAGCUUUCUGAAACAGCCUUUCCACAUUCUCACAAUAACCCUUCUAAGCUUAUUGCUUCCCCUCUCUUUUCUCCUCCUAUCUAGGCUUUCUUCUGCCAAUUACUACUAUCUCUUAACCUUGAGUACUACUGAUAGUCCUCCUUCUCCUUUAGGGUCCUCUACCUAUUUUUGUGAUUUCUGCUCCUCUCUAUUCCUAUACUCAACCCCUUCUCUUCUCUACAUCCUUGUGUCCAUUGUCAGCAUUGCCGCGCUUAUCCACGGCCUAACAGGUAAAGUUACCAUUAUAGCCCAGCCUCCAUCUCCCAUUUUCCGUCCCCGUUUGUACACCGCGUGGAUUUUCCUAUGCACAUUACAAGUCUGCGUCGGUUUGGGGAUCGAGGAGAGCAUAGCUACAGGGAUCGAUGGCUCGAGUCUCAGCAGUCUUGACAAAUGUAAUUUGUUGAGCAGAGUAGUGUUUUUCUUGGGCUUGCAUGAGACCAUGCUCCAUUGGUGUAGGGUCGUGGUGAAGCCGGUGGUGGAUGACACGGUUUUUGGGGGAACUAGGGAGGAGAGGUGGGUGGAGAGGGGGGUGAUGGCGGUGAGCUUUGGUUGGUUGUGGUGGUGGAGGUUGAGGAAUGAGAUUGAGUCUUUGGUGGUUGUGACUGUGGCUAAGAAAGACUUGUCAAUGAAUAUAGGGAUGGCUGACUUUGUUGGUUGGUGGUUGUAUUAUGUCACUGUAACUAUUGGAAUGGUUAGAGUUGUGAAGGGUUUUAUGUGGCUUGCUAUGGUUUUCUUAUGUAGAAGAAGAGGAGGAAACAAUGUUACGAACAUAUAUGGUGAUCCUGAAGACAAAGUCUGAAGUUCUGAACUAGUUGAUAUCAUCUCAAAACCCACGCAAAUUCUUGAUUUGUUUUCCUCUCUGAUCAAACAAAUACCGCAUUUAAUUUGGAUCC